GCGAUAUGUCAAGCCCACAACCUUACAUGCCACUGUGCCGAGCUGUUUUGGCCUACUCGCAUGCUGGUCGGCGACAGGAUUUUUUUUCUCUCGUCCGUGUAGUUCGACUGUGAGAGAGUCGAUGAUGGCUGUUCAUCAAUAUUUAAGAUGGAGAUCAAUUUUAUUGAAGGCUUUCUUGACAAUCUUUACAAUUUCUUGGAUUCUUGCUGUCGCUGAAGCGUCGAAAGAAGAACCGAAACUGCUUGUUCUAGCAGUUGCAACAGAAGAAACUGAUGGCUUUAAAAGAUUUAUGAGAUCAGCUAGAGUGUAUGGCAUAAAUGUGGAAGUUUUAGGAAUGAAUGAAGAAUGGAGGGGAGGCGAUGUUCGCUUAUAUUCUGGUGGUGGACAAAAAGUCAAUAUUUUGAAAGAAGCAAUGAAAAAAUAUUGGGAAAAGGAAGAUCUUAUAAUUAUGUUUGUUGACAGCUAUGAUGUUAUUUUUAUGGCUGGACCUGAAGAAAUCUUAAAAAAAUUCCAUAAAACCAAAUCUAAAGUCCUUUUCUCUGCUGAAGGCUUCUGCUGGCCGGAUGCUUCGCUUGCUGAAUCAUAUCCCAAGGUCGAAAAAGGCAAAAGAUUUUUAAACUCUGGAGCCUGCCCAGACUUCUCUUAUACAGGUUUCAUGGGAUAUGCUCCUUAUAUAAAUGAAAUUGUAACCAGUUCUCCUUUGAAAGAUGAAGAUGAUGAUCAACUCUUUUAUACCAAAAUAUAUCUUGAUGAGGAUAUUAGAAAAAAAUGGACUAUAAAAUUAGAUCAUAAGGCUGAAAUUUUCCAAAAUCUGAAUGGUGCUGUGGGUGAUGUGGAGCUACGCUUUUCGGAUACAGAUAGUUAUUUAUAUAAUACUGCUUAUGGCACAACUCCUCUUGUUGUUCAUGGUAAUGGAGCCAGCAAAAUCGCAUUAAAUUCCCUGGGAAACUAUUUAGCUAAAUCUUGGAUUCCAAAGAAGAACUGUCUUGCUUGUAGUGAAGACACAAUAACAUUGGAGACUUUUAAGGUAAAGCAAAAACCACAUGUCAUCUUAGCAGUUUUUGUGGAACGUCCUACUCCAUUCUUAAAAGAAUUUUUUGAACGCCUUCUACUUCUUGAUUACCCUAAAGAAAGAAUGGAUUUAUUUGUGCAUUGUGGUGCCGAAUAUCAUAAAGAUGAUGUUGACAACUUUUUAUCAACUCAUCAGCAUAAAUAUAACAGUGUGACAUACCUAAAAAUAGAACAAGGAUAUAAAGAAUGGCAUGCUAGGAAUCUUGGUUUGGAAGAAUGUACAAAAGUUAACUGUGAUUAUUAUUUCGCUCUCGAUUCUCAUGCUAUGUUGACCAAUCCUGAUGCUUUGCGUCUUUUAAUUGAACAAAACAGACGAGUUCUUGCUCCUUUAUUAGUAAGACCUAACAGAUUAUGGUCCAAUUUCUGGGGUGCUCUUUCUGCAGAUGGUUUUUAUGCUCGAUCAGUUGAUUAUGUGGAUAUAGUGAAAAGAAAAAGAAAAGGUGUUUGGAAUGUCCCCUAUAUUAAUCAUGCAUAUUUGAUCCAUGGAUCUUUACUAAAAGAUCCUGAAAAUUACCCAACAUACAUUCAUGGAUUACUGGAUCCUGACAUGGCAUUCUGCAAAAAUUUAAGAGACAAAGGCAUAUUCAUGUAUGUUUCUAACCUUCACGAAUUUGGACAUCUUAUUAAUAGUGAUUCAUUUGAUACAAGUCAUGUUCAUAAUGAUUUUUAUGAAAUAUAUACAAAUCAAGUUGAUUGGGAAUAUCGUUAUAUACAUGAAAACCAUUCAAAAGUUUUACAACCUGAUUAUCAAGUAGAUAUGCCAUGUCCAGAUGUUUAUUGGUUUCCAGUUGUCACACCAACAUUUUGUAAGCAUUUAAUUGAAGAAAUGGAAAAUUUUGGUCAGUGGUCUGAUGGGUCAAAUCAGGAUCCUCGUCUAGCUGGUGGUUAUGAAAAUGUACCCACCAGGGAUAUUCAUAUGAAUCAAAUUGGAUUUGAACAACAAUGGCUAUAUUUCUUACGAGAAUAUAUAAGACCAGUGCAGGAAAAAAUCUUCAUUGGUUAUACUCAUGAUCCACCCAAAGCAUUAAUGAACUUUGUUGUGAGAUAUCGUCCAGAUGAACAGCCAUCUUUACGACCUCAUCAUGAUUCUUCUACUUACACUAUAAAUAUUGCUCUCAACAGGCCAGGAAUUGAUUAUGAGGGCGGUGGAUGCCGUUUCAUCCGUUACAACUGCAGCGUGACUGAUUUGCGUCUGGGCUGGUCCCUCAUGCAUCCUGGUCGCUUGACUCACUACCACGAGGGUCUUCCAGUGACGAAUGGAACUCGGUACAUCAUGAUAUCAUUUGUCGAUCCAUAAAAUGCCAAAAGACUGCUAACCCUGAGGUUCACUAAUCAUUUCCUCAUUUUCACUUUUACAUGAUAUUGCUACUUCUUGAUGAUUCUACAGAUUCAGCUCUGUCUAUGCCAUAAGAAAUUUGCUAUCAUUAUCAAAAUAGAAUUCAUAAUAAGAAGUUUGCAUUUUGCUGAAAUUGAUAUUCAUUGAAGAUUGUAGUUAAUACUUUGUAUUUAAAGCUUAUGUGAUGUUAUUGCAAACCCCAGGGUUAUGUCCUAUGUGUUGUGAAUUGGUUUUAUACUUAGAAUUUGACGAAUGUGCCUUGGAUUUUACAAUUAUGUGUAUUUUUACGACUUAAAAUGUAAAUGUGUCAAGGUGCAUUUACCUUUUACAGCUUUGAUGUACUUAAUGUGUUCCGUCUUAUUUCUUAUUUUAAAAACUUCUUUAAUAAAAUUCUUAUUCUUCUUAUUUUAUUCUGUUGAUAGAGCUUUUAGGACUAUUAUUUUCAUUGUUAUUCAUAGAAAUUCUGUAAGUGUGUAUAAAAUUUUUAUGAACUACAUCUACUUAUUGAUUUUAAAAGAAAAAUGUGAGAUUAUUCACUUAAAAAAGAUGUAAUAAAGUGCAAUAAUCUGUAAAACACAAUUUACUAUAUGUUCUCUAAUAUAAACUUGUGACUGUGAACUGAGACUCUUUUGAUAAUGAAUAAUUGCACAAAUUUUAAAUUUGUCUUCCAUAAAUUCCUACCUUUUUUUCUUUUUCUUUUAUUAGAUAAUGAGUAAUUCAGAUGGCCUUUUUAAUGCAUUUUAUAUUUAUUAUUUAAAAUUUAAAAAAACUAUCUAAUACAAAUAAUUUUAAUUUCUGAAAACGAAUUUUCCAACUAAAUAUGUAUUAGUAUUGAUACAUAUUAAGUUGGAAAAUAUUGUUGGAACUUCUUUAGUUGGAAGUAUUGAUUGAAAGUUCUUUAAAUGCAUGGUUCAUUAUAAAAAGCAAGCAGUGGUGCUAGUUAUCUGUUUAAGCUUUUUAUGUGAAUGCCAAAAAUAAAAACAUUACAUGUUAAAAAAAAAUUAAUUUGUGGAUAAAUUAUAAUUUUGAAAUCAUAGUGUACUUUCUUUUGAUUACUUUUUUUAUGUAGCUAAAAAUUUUACAAUUUGAAUUGUGAUAUUUUUGUAUUUGAAAUACAAUUUAGAAAUUAAUCAUAUAAAGUGUAUAUAUUUACUAUUCUGUUUUGGUACAAAAUUGAAAAUGCUAAGUUAUAGAAAUUUUAUUGGUAAUAAAUUUACAUUUAAAAAUAUUACUUGCAUUUUAGGAUGUAAGUAAAACAAAAUAAUAUUUGAAAAAUCCAAUGUAUCAUGAAUACAUCACAAAUCAUUUUUGUGAAUUUCAAAGUGAUGGAAACUAUGUUGUUGAUUAAAAAAAUAAUGAUAUAAAUAAUGUUAUUUUAUUAUAUUAUUACUUUAUAAGUUUUAUUUUUUUUUGUUUCUGUGUUUGACUGAAAUCUGUGUGCAGCUUUAUUUCUAUUGUUUCCUAGAUUUUGAUUCUGUCAUAAUAUUGAAAUGUUGUUUUGAUAAUGUUUUCUAUUUUCUUAUAUAUGUUACAGCAUUUUUUUAAAUACUUUAUUAAAUAAAGGGUUACUUUUUCACCCUUUGAAAAGCUAGUGAGAGAAAGCUAGAUUGUAUAUGUUUGAUAUUAUCCAAUGAAAUGAUAAUAAAGUUUUAUGAAAGGCA